AUGAUGGCAUGGUCCACACGCAACAACUCAACUAUCCCGGGGGCCGAAUUUCCGUGGCCCAAUGCAGAGUUGGAGAAUUGGAGUACCGAGUAUCUCAAUCUCAAACAGCCCGAGGCCCUUUUCAUUCCUCCUUCGCCUAGUCCAUUGAUCAACGCGAAAACGCUCACUGCUGGACCCUCCUCGUACAGCUAUCCGCUACGACUUUCCUCCAUGCAGUACCCCUCCACCCCGGUUGCCCUCCGGGCUAUGACAUCCCCCACUCCUUCGUUGUCGUACCUAGACCCAGGAACCAUCAGGCAGCCCAUCAACAACCACAGUCCAAGAGCUGUCCCAGCCCCCGCAAUCUGCACCGUACCUGCACUCUCGCCGGAAAGCCUCUACGACCCUGGAUAUCCCAGUCCCUGGGAUGAUCUUCCAGUCUCAACUCCCAUCAUACGAGAGACCCUUGAGUCGGAUGAGGCAAGCACAGAGCCUAGCCGAACCAAACGGCCCUAUCGUUCUCGCCGCCGUGGAGGCAAAAUAAAGGACAGAGACAGCGAGAGUUACGGAACAUUCAAAUGUGAAUGGAAGGACUGUCCGUAUGACCGUCUGUUCUCGCGCAAAGGCGUCCUCAUGCGGCACAUCCAGACUCAGCAUGUUAAUCCACGGGCUUUCAAGUGUCCCAAUCCCUGGUGUGGCCAUGCUUCGAGUCGACGGGAGAAUUUGAAAGCGCAUAGACAAUCUAUUCACAAUGAGAUCUUGUAA